AUGGGGACGCUGUCCCUGCUGUGGGGCCUGGCGCUGGCCCCCAUGGGCUGGGUGCUGCUGCUGGCCGCCACGGCCGCCCCGCGCUGGCGAGAGCUCCACGAGCGCCCCGGCUUCCCCCGCGACCUCUCCUUCAGCGAUGGCCUCUGGGAGAGCUGCGUGGAGGCGCUGACACAGCCGGGCCCGGCCUGCCGCACCCUCCCGGAGGACACAGCCCGUUUCUGGCCCAUGCGGGUGCUGAGAGCAGCCACCGUGGGCUCGCUGCUGCUGGGGGCCCUGGCGUACGGCCUGGCCAUGCUGGGGGCACGCUGGUGGGCCCCCCCGCCACGGCACAACCUGGUGGCCGCUGCCGGGCUGCUGCUGGCGCUGGCGGGUGCCCUGUACCUGGGUGCCGCUGCCUACAUGGCUCAUCGGGUGCUGGAGGACCUGGCCGACCCACAGACCCCCGCCGCAGAUCGCUUCCACCUGGGGACGUGUCUCUACCUGGGCUGGAGCGGCGGAGGGACGGAGGUGCUGGCUGGCGUCUGCCUGGCCACCAGCUCCUGCAGGAACAGGGGGCUCGUUGGGGAGGCAGCUGCUGCCCCUUACGAGGUGGAUUAUUGA